AUGGGGUUCUGGGGGUAUUUGGGCUGGUCGGGCCCCGGCAGCAGUCAACAGCACCGAUUGUCCGUCAUGAAGACCCUUUGCGCUGCUCUGCCGCUGCGCAUCAUCACGCACAACAUCCGCUAUGCGACCACGAGCCCCUUCGAGGGCGAGGAGCUGUGGCCUGUGAGAGCCCCGCGGCUGCUCAACGAGCUACGCUUCCACACCAGCCACAACCAAGAGGCUUUCGUCGGCCUGCAGGAGGUCCUCCACAACCAGCUAGUCGAUAUCAUGACUGGCUUGGACAGCGGAACCUCCUCCGACGUGAACUGCAUCCACGUCGACCCGACCCCGCGUUCCGAUGCAGCCGAGUGGGCCUACCUUGGCGUAGGCCGCGACGACGGCAAAGAAGCCGGAGAAUACUCGCCCAUUCUCUAUCGCCCUGCCGUGUGGGACGUGGAAGACUACCAGUACUUUUGGCUCUCCGAGACUCCCGAGGUCCCAUCCCUUGGAUGGGAUGCGAGCAGCAUUCGCAUCGUCACCAUUGGUCGCUUCCGCCACCGCGACAGCAGCAAGCGAGUCCUAAUGUUGAACACGCAUCUGGAUGACGCCGGCUCUGUGUCGAGGCAGAAGUCUGCCGAGUUGAUUACCAACUACAUCAACGACUACCUCAGCAACUACGCCAAUGGAACCACCCUGCCAGUCAUACUUACCGGCGACUUCAACAGCGAGCCAACUGGUGAAGCGUACCAGUUCUUCACCAAUCCACCUUCCGUGGUUAGAGACAUCAGAGACAGCGUCCCAGAGGAGCUGUGGUAUGGCAAUAAUCUCACGUUCACGGGAUUCAGUCCGGCAGACGGGCCGUCUAAACGCAUUGAUUUCAUCUUCGCGGGGCCGUGGGAGAACUCGACGUCUGCCGUUGCUGCCUACAAGACAUAUGCCGUGCUUGCAAACAAGUUCGAUGACGGUGUCUAUGUAAGUGAUCACAGAGCUGUCGUCGGAGAUCUCGAGCUAUAG